AUGGCAGGUAGAUUGGGAGGACGAGUGGUUCACUUCGCGAAUCUUCCGAUCAAGCUUCUGAUGCCUCCAAAACUCACCAACAUUCACGAAUUCGCAUUGAAAACGAUCCCAUCAGCGACAAAGAUCGAGAUCAAGCGAGUCCUCGAAUCUCUCUACGGAUUCGAAGUGGAGAAAGUGAAUACGCUUAACAUGGACGGGAAGAAGAAGAAGCGUGGUGGGUUAUUGAUAGCGAAAGCUGAUUACAAGAAAGCUUACGUGACUCUGAAAAACCCUUUGUCGAUUUCUAGGGAUUUGUUUCCGGUGAAGUUUAUUGAAGAAGAUAGGAAGAGUAAAGUGAAAGGAUCUAGUUUCGUUGAGGAAGAAGAUGAUAAGAAGAGUCAUUGGCUUGAUCAGAAGGAGAAGAGAGAGAUCGGUGGGUAUGGAAAUGGGAAAAGUCGUCGUCGUGGCGGUGGUGAAAGGUCGAAUUCUCCGGCGAAGGUUGGUGGUGCGGUGGCGGGUGCGAAGUUUCCAUGGAGUAACAUGAGAUUUGUUGGUAAGUAA